CUACGAACAACCUGAUGGUCUUCGACAAGUCGUACUUCAAGGCCGUCAAGCAUGGAGUGAGUCACGUCUGUGUGAUUGUUGUGUGCAACGCCGUCACCGGUACACAAUCAGCCGAUAACCUAUCAAUGACGUACAUAAAGAUCCCUCCCUACAUCCCUUAGCCCUUACAUCCGUCCUGACAUCCGUCCUGACAUCCGCCCUUACAUCCGUCCUGACAUCCGCCCUUACAUCUGCCCUUACAUCUGCCCUUACAUCCGCCCUUACAUCUGCCCUUACAUCUGCCCUUACAUCCGUCCUGACAUCCGCCCUUACAUUUGCCCUUACAUCCGUCCUGACAUCCGCCCUUACAUCCGCCCUUACAUCCGUCCUGACAUCCGCCCUUACAUCUGCCCUUACAUCCGUCCUGACAUCCGCCCUUACAUCUGUCCUUACAUCCGUCCUGACAUCCGCCCUUACGUCUGUCCUUACAUCUGUCCUUACAUCCGCCCUUACAUCCGCCCUUACAUCCGUCCUUACAUCCGUCCUUACAUCCGCCCUUACAUCCGCCCUUACAUCCGCCCUUACAUCCGCCCUUACAUCCGCCCUUACAUCCGCCCUUACAUCUGCCCUUCCAUCCGCCCAGCCCUUACAUCUGUCCUUACAUCUGCCCUUACAUCCGUCCUUACAUCCGACCUUACAUCCGUCCUUACAUCCGUCCUUACAUCCGCCCUUACAUCCGCCCUUACAUCUGUCCUUACAUCCGUCCUGACAUCCGCCCUUACAUCUGCCCUUACAUCUGUCCUUACAUCCGCCCUUACAUUUGCCCUUACAUCCGUCCUGACAUCCGCCCUUACAUCUGUCCUUACAUCCGUCCUGACAUCUGCCCUUACAUCCGUCCUGACACCCACAUUUCCUCUUUCCGUUUUACCGUUGGCGGUUAUCCAUCACUGUAAUUAUUAUUUGAGUGUAAAAUUACAAUUAAUUUUUUUUAUUUUUUUGUGGCUUAAAAACUUUUUAGCGGGUUUAAAAACGAAACUAUCCACUUACACGGCCAUCAUAUCUAUGAGUUGCUUAUACUGCCAUCAUAUCUAUCAGUUGCUUAUACUGCUGGUACUCACGGGGACAGUUAAAGGACUACCCCAUUUUUACCCCCCCCCCUUUUUUUUUUCCUUCCCAAAAACAGAACUGAUAGUCUGUAGCACAAUAGGUCAUCAUAUCACUGGACAAUCCAGUUGUUGAAAACAACAAUGGGUUUUUCCUUUUUAGAUUCUGUUGUUUUUUUUUUUUUUUUUAUUUUUUCCCCCCCCCCUUUUUUUUUCCUUCCCAAAAACAGAACUGAUAGUCUGUAUCACAAUAGGUCAUCAUAUCACUGGACAAUCCAGUUGUUGAAAACAACAAUGGGUUUUUCCUAUUUAGAUUCUGUUGAUUUUUUUUUUUUUUUUAAAUCUCUCUAUAUCUUGUUAGCGAGAACUUGACACAGAGACCCUCUUCACUCUGGGCAAGCCAGAACAUUACCGAACUUGGCCGGAGGUGCAGAAGGUGGGUCCAGCUGUUUGCGGAGUUUCAGGUGGUGGGGGGGUUGACCAACAUGGGUCGGGGUCGGUCGGCAGGUGGGGAGGGUGCUUAGUGGCAGUGCAGAGGGUGGGAGGUGUUGGUACAGAGGUGGUCUGAGCUGGGAGUUCAGAGGGUGUGAGGUGGGAGUUCAGAGGGUGUGAGGUGGAAGUUCAGAUGGUGUGAGGUGGAAGUUCAGAGGGUGUGAGGUGGGAGUUCAGAUGGUGGGAGGCGGCAGUUCAGAGGUUGCAAGACGACAGCAGAGGGCUCGCAACCGGAAGUCAAGAGGGCGCGAGGCGGCAGUGAGGAGGGCGUGAGAUGACAAUUCAGAGGGUGCCGGGUGGCAGUUUAUAAGGCGUGAGUGGAAGCUCGGCUGGGGCUAAUGCAGGGUGCCGUCGAUCCGAUACGGUGUACUUUAUAUGAUAUGUUCUAACUGCAUGGGCCUAGAGAUUAAAGCAACACAAUUUUAAUAUGUCUGUAACAUGACAUUACGAAAUCAUUUCAAGGCCAUCAGUCACAACAACAGGGGGUCGGGGGGUGUAUCCACAGGCGGCCGAAAAGCUGAAGUUCAUCCGAUCGUUCUCAGCCUUACCGGAACAUUACCAGGUCAAGCUGGCCAUGAUAGCCUGGUACAUGGAGUAAGUGACUAUGGCUCUGUGAUUGUGGUCAUAUGAUUGUGGUAAUGUGAUUGUGGUUUUGUGUCUGUGUCCUGUGACUGUGACCCUGUGGUUGUGGUCAUGUGACUGUGGUCAUGUGAUUGUGGUCAUGUGACUUUGGUUAUUUGAUUGUGGGGCUGCAAUUGGGGUCAUGUGACUGUGGUCCCGUGACUGUGGCCCUAUGAUUGUGGUCACGUGAUCGUGACCCUGUGACUGUCGUCCCGUGAUUGUGCUCCUGUGACUAUGGUCACGUGACCGAGGAGAAAACGGAUGUAGCGGAGAAUGGAAGAGACAUAUGAUGUCGGUGCACAGACGUCUCCUUGUCAGCAUGAACUAUUUUUGUUAAACAUGUUUUGAUUGGCUUGCGUCAGAUGUGAACAAGUCAUAAAAGAUACCAAGCUUGAUGUAAUACAUUUUUCUUUCACCUUCUUCAUAUAAUUGUACUUUAGUAAAGGUCUUAUCCACCUUCACAGAAUACCUGGCGACAAGGUCAUCAUAAGAGAAGGUCACGUAGCAGACAGCUUUUAUUUCCUCAUAUCCGGAAGAGGUAGAUAUGUGUGGCACUCGUGGUCGUUUGAUUUCGGGUGGAACUUAAAGUGUGUUUGAUGUCAGUGUGGCUCUUAGAGGGUGUUUGAUGUCAGUGUGGCACCUAAGAGGGUGUUUGAUGUCAGUGUGGCACCUAAGAGGGUGUUUGAUGUCGGUGUGGCACCUAAGAGGGUGUUUGAUGUCAGUGUGGCACUUAAGAGGGUGUUUGAUGUCAGUGUGGCACUUAGAGGGUGUCUUAUGUCAUUGUGACACCUAAGAGGGUGUUUGAUGUCAGAGUGGCACUUAGAGGGUUUUUGAUGUCGGUGUGGCACUUAGUGGGUGUUUGAUGUCGGUGUGGCACUUAGAGGAUGCUUGAUGUCGGUGUGGCACUUAGAGGGUGUUUUAUAUCAGUGUGGCACUAAAGAGAGUGUUUGAUUUCGGUGUGGCACUUAGUGGGUGUUUGAUGUCGGUGUGGCACUUAGAGGAUGCUUGAUGUCGGUGUGACACUUAGAGGGUGUUUGAUGUCAGUGUGGCACUAAAGAGAGUGUUUGAUUUCGGUGUGGCACCUAAGAGGGUGUUUGGUGUCGGUGUGGCACCUAAGAGGUGCGUUUGAUGUCGGUGUGGCACCUAAGAGGAUGUUUGAUGUCAGUGAUAUCUCUCGAUCAAUUGUCCCAUUGCCCUACUGACCACACGAUAUCUCUCUAUCAAUUGUCCACCUGCCCUACUAACCACAUGAUAUCUCUCUAUCAAUCGUCCACCUGCCCUACUGACCACAUGAUAUUUCUAUAUCAAUUGUCCCAUUGCCCUACUGUCCACAUGAUAUCUCCCUAUCAGGCCAUAUUGCUCUACUGACAACGUCUUAGAUCUCUCUAUCACUUGUCCUAUUGCCCUAAUGACCACAUGAUAUCUCUCUAUCAAUCGUCCACCUACCCUACUGACCACAUGAUAUCUCUCUAUCAGGCCCAUUGCCCUACUGACCACAUGAUAUCUCUCUAUCAGGCCCAUUGCCCUACUGACCACGUCUUAGAUCUCUCUAUCAUUUGUCCCAUUGCCUUGAUGACCACAUGAUAUCUCUCUAUCACGCCCAUUGCUCUACUGACCACGUCUUAGAUCUCUCUAUCAUUUGUCCCAUUGCCUUGAUGACCACAUGAUAUCUCUCUAUCAAUCGUCCAACUGCCCUACUGACCACAUGUUAUCUCUGUUGUCCGUCAGUGGUAGCUGUCAAGCUUGUAGGCUCACCUCUGUAUGAGAAGCACUCAAGGUUCUCCGUACUGAAAAUAUUUGAGAAGGACGACAUCUUCGGGGUAUGCAUUUAUUCAAAGGCGCACAUCUAUGACGCAAACUUACCCCUUCUAUGACGCAAAUUUAUCACUAGUUAAUGACUCAAACUUACCCCAGUUUAUGACUCAAACUUACCCCCAGUCUUUGACUCAAACUUACCCCCAGUCUUUGACUCAAAUUUAUCCCCAGUCUUUGACUCAAACUUACCCCCAGUCUUUGACUCAAACUUACCCCCAGUCUUUGACCCAAACUUACCCCCUGUCUUUGACUCAAACUUACCCCCAGUCUUUGACUCAAACUUACCCCCAGUCUUUGACUCAAAUUUAUCCCCAGUCUUUGACUCAAACUUACCCCCAAUAUUUGACUCAAACUAACUUAACCCCAGUCUUUGACUCAAACUUACCCCCAGUCUUAUACCCAAACUUACCCCCAGUCUUUGACUCAAACUUACCCCCAGUCUUUGACUCAAACUUACCCCCAGUCUUUGACUCAAAUUUAUCCCCAGUCUUUGACUCAAACUUACCCCCAAUAUUUGACUCAAACUUACCCCCAGUCUUUGACUCAAACUUACCCCCAGUCUUUGACUCAAACUUACCCCCAGUCUUUGAAUCAAAUUUAUCCCCAGUCUUUGACUCAAACUUACCCCCAAUCUUUGACUCAAACUUACCCCCAGUCUUUGACUCAAACUUAUCCCAGUCUAUGACUCAAACUUAUCCCCGGUCUUUGACUCAAACUUAUCCCCAGUCUUUGACUCAAACUUACCCCCAGUCUUUGACUCAAACUUAUCCCAGUCUAUGACUCAAACUUAUCCCCGGUCUUUGACUCAAAUUUAUCCCCAGUCUUUGACUCAAACUUACCCCCAGUCUUUGACUCAAACUUAUCACAGUCUAUGACUCAAACUUAUCCCCGGUCUUUGACUCAAAUUUACCCCAAGUCUUUUACUCAAAUUUAUCCCCAGUCUUUGACUCACUUACCCGCAGUCUUUGACUCAAACUUACCCCCAGUCUUUGACUCAAACUUACCCCCAGUCUAUUACUCAAAUUUAUUCCCAGUCUAUGUCUCAAACUUACCCCCAGUCUAUGACGAAAACUUACCCCCAGUCUAUGACGAAAACGCACCCACAAUCUCCUAAUCUGUAUCUUUACGUAUUUCAUUUUUAAAUAAUUAAAUUAUUUCGAUAUUUUGUUUUUAAAUGUGAAAAAGUUUAAGGAAGAUCAGAGCCAUGUACAAAAAUCAAUCAAUCAAUCAAAAGGUUCAAUCGAAACUGUUCAUGAACUUGACAUACUUUUUUUUGCUGGGCACCACUUUUAAAAACAUGACCACAGAUCAGUGGCUUAGGAAGGACGUGGCGGUGUUGCCAUUCACCCCGGGGGCAACUGCAGAUGGUUCUUUGUUGUUUCUUAGAAGGGGUACUCUUAGCCACUCUUGUGCUGUAACUCUUGUGUUGUACCCAUGUGCUGUACUCCUGUGCUGUACUCCUGUGUUGUACUCUUGUCUUGCACUCUUGUCUUGUACUCCUGUGUUGUACUCCUGUGUUGUACUCCUGUGUUGUCGAUAGUCUGGUGGCCGUAGUAGGGCGGGGCGCCCCUGGUCAUCAUGAGAGAGAUCUCGAGGCUGGAUCCCCUGGUCGUCAUGAGAGAGAUCUCGAGGCUGGAUCCCCGCUGUCCGUGUGCGGACGGCUGAUGACCUCCAGACGUUAUGACGGUGACGGCAACAUCUCAGUCCGCAUUGUGUUCAGUCGUCAAACUCCCAAACUUUUUGUCGGUGUUCAGAGAUGCUCAUUGAACUACUGCGACACAUCCCCAUUGUAUGUUCAAGUGUGUCUUAGUGGCGCCAAGAGUAAAUUGUUUAUGUGUGUGGCGCGCGUACGUGCAUGUGUGUGUGUGGGUGUGUGUGUGUGUGCGCGUACGUGCGUGUGUGUGUGUGUGUGCGCGCUUCCUUAUCCGUUAUAUUCAGUUGAAACAACCGACGGGACUCAACAAAAGCCUCGUCCGCUUUGCUGGGGGCAAAAUGUCCAUAGGAUGAGCACGAUUUUUUUGUCAAUACGCUCAAGCAGGCCUGCACAGCUCAAAACGUAAGGCGGGCCGUAAUACAUUAUGUAAACCUUGUGCGGGUCAAAAGAAAAUAGGACAGGACGUGCGCGGGCCAAAAGAAUACAGGUCAAGGGGGGAGCUAUUAAGAAAAAAAUUAGAAUAAAGAGUUUUUCUUUACCUCGCGUGGCACAAAGUUGGAGCUGGCGGGCCACAUGCGGCCCGCGGGCCGUUUGUUGCGCAGGCCUGCGCUUAAGGGUUGUUUUUUUUAUCUGCUGUCAGUGUUUCCAUGAAGACUUUUCUUUUUAAACAAGUACAGCUGGCAAAUGUGUUUGAUAUAAAUAAGAUAUUCCGGUAAAUAUCUUUCUUGUUUCCGUUUUGAAAAUUUCUCGACGCAACCUCUUAUGCAUACUAAAUAGAAUGCAAAAAAAUUGUCUACACUUUUAGAACCAUUGGAUCUUUUGUUUACAUUUCAUCAGCACUUCUGCUUUUAAAAAAUUGAUUAAUUAUUUUCUAAAACAUAAUUUUUUCCAGGAAGAGGGGAUCUCAAACCGUAGCCAUCGAAACUACUCCGUGACCACCACGGAGAAGUCCACGUUGUUGUCGGUCAACAUUGAUGAUUAUUAUAGAAUCUUCAAUACCAGCAUCUCAGGGGAUGAGAACCCCGAUCAUAUACGUCUGCUCAGGUACAUCGUGUCGUUAGUCUAGUAGAGUGGUCUCAUCAAUACGGCCUGGGGGGGCCAAAUCCGGCCCACCACAUCUUUUCGUAAGCGCUUUUCGUGGUGCGGUCCAUUCUCUGCGCCUAUCUGCCAUUCAAUUAUCAAUUCUUCACACCUGCUAUCAAACCAUCCAUUGGUCCAUCUAUGCAUUUAUCCAAUCAUCAAUUAAAUCUUUCAAAAAAUAACGUAUCCAGAAAUCCACCCUAUUAUCGAUACAUCCAUAACUCUAAUAAUCAUUCAAUUGAUCUAACAAAUAAUAAAUCUAAUCUUCGAUUAACGCAUCAAUCAAUUGAUUCAUCCAUUAUUCUAAUCAUCCAUCGAACACUUUAUCCAAUCACAUCCUAAUCAAUCAAUUUAUUGAUUCAAUCAUUCAUACAAUUAUUUAAUCAUCCAGUCAUUCAUCCAACUGUCCAAAUAUCCGAUCCCCCAACAUUCCAUCCAAUGAUCUAUCCAUCAUUAAUCCACUAAUCCAUCAUACAUCCUUCCAAUCAUUCAUUCAAUCAUUCAUCUGAUAAUUGUUUACAACCAUUCAUCAUAUAAUCCAAUUAUUCUCCAAUCAUCAAUCCAUUCAUUCAUCCAUCCAAUCAUCCAUCCAACCAUCUAAUGUAUCCAUUUCACCUUAAGUUUCCUUUUGAUCAAACAGCCAGCUGGACUUCAUGAAAUAUUUCCCUGUACAAGAAUUGAUACAAAACUCUGAGGGCAACAUCAUUCUAUUUUACUACAGGUAA